GCCGCGGGCCCCGCCGGCUCCGGCCCCUCAGCGCCAUCCGUGCCCCGCUCCCGAGGAAGGGAGAAGAAUGUCCCAAAAACAGCUGAAAGAAGCUUUUAUCAGCAAUCUGAACGGAACGAGUUUGCUGGAAAUUUCUGCAGGCUUAUCCCUUCCUCCGCUGUGCCUGCUGUGCAGAGGGCUCCUCCUGAUCCUGCACUACCUGCACCAUGGAAAACCUGUAAGCUCAAGGACGUACAGCCUGCUGCUGGACUUCCUGGUGCUGGUGUCUCCUCUCGUGUUCUCCUGCACUGUCUUGUCCCCAAUCAUCUUUUUCAUUCCAGUUAUCCUUGCUGCCUUCUGUGCCGCAAUAUUUUCCAGAAUAUACAGCCAGACAAAAUGGAAGGCCAGAGUGCCCUUGGGGCAAAUUGUAAAAGAAUUCCAGAAGGCACGCUUGGACCCCGAGUGCAUUCCGGCAAUAACUGUGUUCCGUGUUUAUGUCAACGUGCUGACAUCCAUCAGCAUUUUGGCCGUGGAUUUCCCGCAGUACCCCCGGCGAUACGCCAAGGCCGAGACCUACGGCACCGGGGCCAUGGAUUUGGGGGUGGGAGCCUUCAUCUUUGGAAAUGCUCUCGUCUGCCCUGAGGUUCGGCAGAAGCCUCACAGGACUCAGCCCAGGUUCUCCAGCCUGGCCAGGCAGGUGUUUUCUGUAUGGCCACUGAUUGCCCUCGGCGUCGGGCGGCUGCUGAGCGUUAAAUCCAUCGAGUACCACGAGCACACCUCGGAGUACGGCGUGCACUGGAACUUCUUCUUCACCCUGGCGCUGGUGAGACUCGCAGCCUCUCUGCUUUUAGCCAUAUUCCCCAAACACAAGGCUUGGCUCGUGGCUCUGGCUGUGGCUGUGCUCUACCAGCUGCUCCUCAGCACGACCUCUCUGAAGACGUUCAUCCUGCACGGCAGCGACGGCCGGGGCUCCCGGCUCGGCUUCCUUGACGCCAACCGGGAAGGGCUCUUCUCCCUCUUUGGCUACCUGGCCAUCUACCUGGCGAGCGUGCAGGUGGGGCUGUGGCUGCUGCAGCGCAGGAGCUCGGUCAGGGGCUGGCUGGAGGCCCUCGGGGGGCUGGCCCUGGCCGUGCUGGGGCUGUGGGCGCUGCUGCAGCCGUGCCAGGCGGGCACCGAGCCCGUGUCCCGCCGCAUGGCCAACCUGCCCUUCUGCGCCUGGGUGCUCGCCCAGUGCCUGCUGCUGCUGGGCUUCUUCGUGCUCGCUGACCUCAGCCUGGUGUUCACAAAGCUGCUGGUCAAGGGCUGCAGCGUGCCCUGCUGCUGGAAGGUUGUGCAGCCCCCUGAUUCCAGGAAAAAGCAAGGAAUGGAGGCUGAGCCGGUGGGAAGGCAGGACAAGCUGUCACAGCCAUGCCUGAUUAGUGCUAUUAACAAAAAUCAAUUACUGUUUUUCUUGCUAGCAAACGUUAUGACUGGUGCUGUGAACAUCUUGAUAGACACAAUCCACAGCAAGGCUGCCUUUACAUUAUGCAUACUGCACGGGUACAUGUUUUUUAAUUGUUUAAUUAUGUAUAUAUUGCACGCCAGAAAUAUAGUAUUAAAGUUUUGGUGAUUCCACUUUG